AUGGUCAAGAUCUCCCAGCUCGCCGCUCUGGCGUCAGCUGUCGCAGGCGCCCGCGCCGCGACGUUCAGCAACUCGACAACGCCUGUCAUUUCCGACGUCAGCGUCACCAGCGUGGACACAGGGUCCUCGGAGUUCCAAGGCGUGCAGCACGCCGCGUUCAUCGAGAUCUCGCUCAAGGCGUCGCAGCCAGGCGAGGCCUGGAUCACCGUUCCCGAGGACGUCUUCGAGAACUUCCCCGACUCGCCCUUCCAGUGGGAGUACGGCACCGUGACCUCCACCGGCUACAACAACAACAACUUCUCGAUCGUGUUCGACAAGGUUCCAAAAAACGGCGAGGCCAAGCUAGGUAUUUUCACCAAGAUGGACUACGGCUACACCGCUGCCAUCACCGCGCCAACCAAGGACACCUUCACCUUCACCAGCUCUUCGGGCGAGUUCAAGUCCUCCGUUGCGUACAACCAAUACCCAACCGACCAGGUCUACGUGCACACCGAGAACAGCGGCCAGACCCUAGAGUGGGACGUCUACGUGCCUGCCAGCCUCGUCAACAGCACUUUCACCAUCUCCGUCGAGAAGCAGGCCGGCUACAAGUUCAGCCCUGAGUUCAACAACUUCUACUACAACAUGUUGACCACCGCCUUCGACCAGUACGGCUCCGACGAGAUCCUGGCUUCUACCGAGCAGAUCGACGUUUCCACCGAGGACAAGAUCAACGUCACCUUCGUCGGUGCCUUGCCUUCCACCGCUGUCGGCCUCAGAUUGAACUUUCACGCCACCAUCGAGGAGUCCCGUGAGUUCUUCACCAGUGUCUCCGACGUCCAGUUCUCCUCUUUCAGCGAGUCUGUCACUGCCUACACCUACACCAAGAACUACCACGGCUUCGUUGAGGCUCCUAUCUUGAAGAUCAACUCUGCCUCCUCUGCUGUCACCACGGGUGCCGUUGUCCAGUCCAGCACCACCGCCGCUACUAACGGUACUUCUGCUACCACUGGUUCUACCACCGCUACUGGCUCUGCUUCUGUCACCGGCUCCGCCCCUGCCUCUAUCUCGGCUUCUGCUUCCAAGUCUGGCUCUGUAUCUGCUUCUGGCUCUGCCAAUGGUACCUUCGCCUCUACUGGUGCUACCAUUGCUACCGGCUCCGCCUCUGUCCCUGGUUCCGCUUCUGUCUCUGGCUCCGCUUCUGGCUUUGCUUCCGCUUCUGGCUAUGCUGCCGCUUCAUUCGGUGUCAACUGCACCUCCGGAUGUGUCACUGGUCCAGUUUCUACUGCCACUGCCACUGCUCACUCUUUGUCCACUACCGUGAUCACCACCUGCCCAACCUGCGAAGUCAAGGCUACCACUGUUGCCGUUUCCACCGCAACCACUACUGAGCACGGUGUUGUUACCGCGUACACCACCUACUGCCCAAUCUCCGCUGAGACUGGCUCUUACACUGUCUCAAAGGGCACAACUUUAGCUCCAUCUGUUGUGAUCACAGAGGUCCAGUCUGGUGUUUUCACUGUCUACACCACUUACUGCCCAUACUCUGAGACUGCUUCUUCUACCAGCACCCGUACCGUCGCUACCUCUAACGCUUCCGAGGCCCCAGUUUCUGGCUCCACUGCUGAGGGUGUUACCACUACUACUAAGGGUGCUCACUCUGGCUCUGCUCCUUCUGCCACCACUGUUGCCACUGUUUCUGGCUCCCAGGCUCCUAAGGCUUCCGCCUCUUCAUCUAUCACUGUUAGCACCUACGAGGGCGCUGCAGUUGCUAUCAAGGGUGGGUUCUCUGCCAUCAUCCUGGGUUUUGUUGCUUUCUUGAUCUAG